AUAGUGCCGUUAUAAAAACUUCGUUUUCAUUAUUAGAUGUGUUUUUACGAAUAGUGAAAAAUUAUUUACAUAAUUUUCAGAAAAAAAUUCACUUAAAUUUGCUUGCUUGCUUAACUUGAGACAUCUUGUACUCAUUGUAGCGAGUAGCAAGAAUAUUUUGAAAAUAGUGGUUAUUUUGUGUAACUUACUAUCCCUGGCCCGACUAUAGUGAAAGUGAACGCUAAUAUCCGGAUUGAGAAAUUUCGCGACACCACCAAUCUCCUUAAAAAGGGCAAUAUUGUUUAAAAAUGCUUAUAAAAAACCCAGAAGCCCUUAAAAGUUGGCUUAUAGUAGUGUUGGAGCCAUUAUGUGAUGCCGAUUCUUCCGCUCUUGCUCGCUAUGUUUUAGCUUUAUUGAAGAAAGAUAAACCCGAAAAAGAUUUAAGCAAAUUAAUGAUAGAACAACUAGACGUUUUUCUUGGCGAUGAGACUAGACCCUUUGUUGAGAAACUUUUCGAUGCUAUAAAUUCUGAGGAUUAUUUUAAUAAUACUAUGUUGCCUGCAACGGAAUCAACUGAAAGCCCUUUUGUUACUGAAGAAAUAAUUUCGGAUAUUGUAACUAAGGAUAUGGCUCAGGAAGAUGCAACAACUACAGAGAUUUCAGAUAAAAAAGACAACCUGCCGAAUGCCGUUUGUGCCGAUAAAGUCCAAACACCACCAUUAGAUGACAUCAAUGACAUGGAACUACUUCGUGGUAACAUUUCUGAUAUAAAUGAUAUCGAUGUUCCAGGCCGCACAACUCAUUAUCCUGCAAAUGUUAAAACUGAAGUUGCGACUGUAGCAACCGUAACACAACAGUCUUAUCCAAUCCCUAAUAAUCAAAUAGUUCGCAGCGCAAGCCCACCACAGAGAGCAAAUGCUGAUAAAGAGAACCAACCUCGAGAGACCCGGCGGCGUCGCACAUCUCUACGAUCACGUUCUCGAUCUCGAUCAAGGUCACGAUCCAACGAAAGAUCACGACGAUCUCGAUCGCGUGAUCGUCGGAUAAACGAACGAGAGAAAAUGCAACGGCAAUUUAGAAAUAAAUCUCCACCAACAACAGAUUUAAGAUAUGGGAGCUCACAUGAACGGCGGCGAGGCGGUGUUGGUACUGCUUCGGAUCGAAGACGUAAUGGCAACAAUGGGGCAGACGAAAGGUCGCCCAGAUAUGGUGGAAGUGGUGGAGAGGGGGUUGGCCGUAAAAAUCGCCAAAAUCGUUCAAAUACACGUAGUCGUUCUCCUUCUCCCGAUCGUGGAAGUAGAAUUAAAUGCUCCCCGAAUUUGUCACGAAUUACUCGCAACUCGCCUGAACGCCAUAGCCAUCAUGUUCAAGGACAACAUGAAACGGAAAAACGGCAGCGAUGUCGUGACUUUGAUGAGAAAGGGUAUUGUGUGAGAGGAGAGACAUGCCCAUGGGAUCACGGCAUUAACCCAGUGGUAUUUGAAGACAUCAACAAUUCUACGUUAAUAGGAAUGUCCCUCCCUGAAUAUAACCCUGACGCUCCCGACUUGUGGAUGAGGUCUUCCGGACCGUUAGUUGGCGUUGCAUCAAAUACUCUUAUGGCUAACAGUUCAGGAGUGGGGGGAGGUAUUAAUGCCCCGGGUAUAAAUCCAUUCACUGGGGUAGCGCGGGGAGGUGGAAUAAUGCCUGUAGCUGGAGUUACAGGAGCUGUUGGUUUCACUCAACUCGGCUCAGACCCUGAUAAACAAAGCAACAAUCCAGCGCCAAUCGGUGCAGAUUUUGGUCGUAAUUCCAGCACAACCUCUAAUUUUAGAGUGGGUGCUCACAUGCUAAACUUUCCUUUCAACGCAUCUGCCGUCACUGCGCCUCUUCAACGGGAAUUAAUUCCAAUACCUGUAGUAGACGCAGGUAGUUCUGGUUCGGGGGGUGAUAUAAGUCAAAUAUCUCAGAAUAAACGUCGUUUCGAUUUAGAAGAUUCAGUAGCAAUUGCCGAAGGGCCAGUGAAACGCAAGCUACCCCUUAACAGCCGUCUUGGACCACGUUUAACAACUAUACAAAAUAACUGUUCACUUGAAUUAAGAAAAAUACCCCGAGGAUUAAAUACCAUCGCUCAUCUGAAUAAUCAUUUUGCAAAAUUUGGAAAAAUUGUAAACAUACAAAUUACAUAUGAUGGUGAUCCAGAAGCCGCUAUCGUGACGUUUUCCACACAUGCGGAAGCAAACGUGGCUUAUCGUAGUACAGAGGCGGUUCUCAACAAUCGGUUUAUAAAAGUUUUUUGGCACAGCCAAGAUACGAGUACAUUAAUCAAUGAAAUAUCACCCAUAUCAAUGAGUAGUUCCAGAAAAAGCAGUCAAUAUCAUUUAAAUAACGUAGUACCAGUCAUACCAACACCAACCGCCGAUUCGGCGAAAACAGCGAAUGAUACUGUUUCAAAUCAAUCGGCAAAUUCGCUUGCAAAUGUGACCAAUGCUGCGCCUGCAACGGAUCAAUCAAACGUAACAAAUGUUAAUACAGCUAUAGUAGCUGCACAUGUGCCACCAACUUCUUUGCGUUUGAAAAAUAACGUGUCUCGUGGACACAAUACAGGUGCUUCAAAUGCUAAUAUACGUAAAAAGCAGGAAGAGCAAGCCAAGGCCGUAGUUCAACUAGCCAACGGUCUCCGCAAAAGAAAACAAGAACUAUUACAGAGUUAUGUUAAACAAAUGAAAUCAGCUUUGGAGUUGGUCGAACGUUGCGAAAUAAAUGAUCCCCAGCGUAGCAAGACACUUGAAACAAUUAAAGUUUUGCAAGAAACUAUUGAUAAAUUACGUAAAGAAAUUGCCGCAGAACAAGAACAAAUUCAAGCUCAAAUUCAAAAUCAGCACCCUCCUCCGCCAAAGAAGACUAAGGAGCAGCAAAAGAAAGAAUUACUUGAUAUCGAAUUGGAAUUGAUUGCUCAACAACAAGAGGGAAACGAUACGUCGGCUAUACAGAAACGCCUUGAAGAGCUACAGCGUAGCAUUGGUGGAGUUCCUGGAAAUGGUGUAGUUAAUGUUACCCAAUCUCAUCCACUACAAGCAGGUGGCAAAACUCAUCACUUUCCCUCCAGCCGUACAAAUCAUCGAACUCGUCCAUCGUUUCCUGAGGGGUCUACACGCGUCGAUCGUCGACCGAAAACUAUAAUGGUCACUGGAUUUACGAGUGAUGAGGCUGAUUCUGUGCUGGGCCACUUUAAAAACUUCGGCGAAAUAACUAAACAUGAUGUGGAUAAAGAGAUACCUCGACUCAUAUUGUCAUACGCUACUCGUAUAAAUGCAGAACAAGCCGUAUUGCGGGGAAAAGUAUUUAAAGAUAAACGUUUGCAGAUAACUUGGGCUCCGGUCGUUCCGGCAUCAGUAACAGCGGGAACUGUUAUCCCUAAUAACGAGUCUAAGGCGGAGGGAGAAAAUACAGAUCCAACAAAAUUGGAAGUAUCUCACACUACUAGUGAUAAGCAAAGCAAUGAUUCAGAAAUUACUGGAGAAACAUUACCUGAACUUCGACUUGAGGACGAAGAGGAGGAUGAGGAAUCUGAGGAUCGCUCAUGGCGGCGCUGAUCGUGAAAUACGACGAAUUUCAAAGCACGAUGUUUUUAGAGUUUAUGUUAGUCAAAACAGUGAAAUUUGGCGUUUUCACUUACUAGUAAAUAGUAAAUUAAGCACAGAUAAAUUGUUUGCAUGAAUCAUGGUAAAGAUUGAAAUAUUUCUAUAUUGUAAAGAGCAUCUUAGUGCAUUGACGAAAAGUAUCGAAGUGAAAUGAAGUGCCAUCAGCGCUAUGUCUUUAACUUCAAUAUUUACAGACUUAUGUAUUUGGUAGUUUACAUAUGCUUAUGGCUUCAUUAUGGUAUGAAAAUGCAGCAAUUGGAGCUUUCAUUUGGAUAUAUAAAAUAUAAAGGAUAUCAGUAAAUAAUACAUAUACAUAACAUGAUAGUAGACACCAAUAAAUCUUAUUAGUUUUAAUUAUAUUACUGAAAAACUUGUACUACUACUUACUGAAAGAGUCUGUAGUUGUAUAUAGAAGUCCGCCAAGCUGUGUUAUACAAUAGUGGCGAAUUGAAAAAGAUCUGAAAUAUUGGUAUUUUUUUAAAUUAGAUUCACAGAUACCCAUCAAUUGUACCAAUUAACAUUUGUAUUGUUACUAAAAUUCUUGUAUUUUUACUAUUUUUCAUGCUAUUUGUUUUAUUUAAGCCUUAUGUUGAACUAAAAACUAAAAAAACAAUGAAACAAGUUUAAAAAAGGUAACGAAAACCUUUUAUACAAAUAACUAUAAAUAAAUAAUGGUGUAAAAAUCGCUAUUAGUUUCACAA